UUGUCUGGUGACUCUGGUCACAGUGAAGUAAGUAGAAAACUGGUCUUGGUCUGUGAAACCAGUAGUACAUAAAACCCUGAUACCUUUCCCUUUACUCCAUUUCAUUACACUGUCUGAAUUGAUUGAACAAGGAUUGCUUCUUAUAUUCACUGUUUUUCUGUAAAAAUUAAAAAAAGCACUUCUUUUUCACGCUUUUUCAUACGGUGCUGUAGUUGAAAUUAGAGAAAAAGAGAAAGAGAAAGUUGAAGUUGUUUCAUCAUCAGUCCUCCUGAGUUUUCAAAGCCAACUUUUCAGUGGUUAAUAGUUUCUUCAAUGAGUAAGAGAAAGGAGUGAGUUUUGAGAGAUGUUUCAAAGAAGUGAAGAUUUGGGUUUUGUAGUUCAGAAAACUUGAAGAUCUAGCAGAACUCAUCCGAGCUUAAAGACAGUGAGAAAAGUGGGGUUCGUCUUUUGGUGCUUUAGUUGUUUGAUGAAGUGUUGCAAGAAGAAGGAUUUUUUUUUUGGGUUUAAAGUUCAGGGAUUUCUUCAUUUAAAGCUUGAGUUUUGGAAAAAACAAGAAAUGGUUUUUCUCCACAGGUGUUGGAGUUUGAACUAGAAAAUACAAGGGUAUUAAUUUUCUGUUCAGACAUUGAUUUACUACCUGGAUGGUUUUUGUCUGAGAACCCAAAAAAGUAGUAUAUUUUUCUGUGCAUUUUUUGGGGUUUCCGAUGUCUCCUUUUAGGAGGAGUAGAAUUUCACUUCUGCUGAUUAGCAUUUUAUUGAGAAUUCAGCUUCUGAUUGCUCAGAAUAAUGACCAGUUGAUUAUGGUGGCUCUUAAAAAAGAACUUGGAAUUCCUAUCUGGAGUUCAAAUGAUUCAAGUUACUGUUCUUGGGAGGGUGUACGCUGCAAUUCUGAUCUUUCUUCAGUUGAAAUGCUUGAGCUUUCCGACCGCAAAAUCGGAGGUAAUAUUACUUUAAUCUCAGAACUGAAAGCUUUGAAGUGGUUAGAUCUUUCUAAUAAUAAGCUUCAAGGACCAAUUCCUUCUUCAUUUGGUAAUCUCACUCAGCUUGAGUUUCUUGAUUUGUCUUUGAACAUUUUUGGAAGUUCAAUUCCUCCAGAAUUGGGUAAACUCAAAAACCUUAGAUCCUUAAACCUUUCCGGGAACUAUCUUGUCUCUAAUAUACCUGAUGAAUUGAAGAAUCUAGAAAAUUUACAAGAUCUUCAAGUUUCAGGGAAUAAACUGAAUGGUUCCAUUCCUUUAUGGAUAGGGAACUUUACCAAGCUAAGAGUUUUCGCAGCAUAUGAGAAUGACUUAAGUGGAAAAAUUCCUAACAAUUUAGGCUCCUUGUCUGGUCUUCGUUUGUUGAAUCUUCAUUCGAAUCUACUUGAAGGACCCAUACCUGAAAGCAUAUUUUCUUCUGGGAAGCUUGAAGUUCUAGUGUUAACCAUGAAUAAACUUGUUGGAAAUCUUCCUUUAUCUGUUGGAAACUGUCAAGGUCUUUCAAAUCUUCGAAUUGGAGACAAUAAACUCACAGGAAGCAUACCUACUUCAGUUGGAAAUAUCAGUAGCCUUACUUACUUCGAAGCUGAUAACAAUAACCUGUCCGGGGAAGUUGUUCGAGAAUUUGCUCAAUGCAAUAACUUAACUCUCCUGAAUUUAGCCUUCAACGGCUUCACUGGGACUGUUCCUCCGGAGUUUGGAGAACUUGCAAAUUUGCAGGAGUUAAUUCUUUCUGGUAACAGUCUCAUUGGAGAAAUUCCUGAUUCCCUUCUUAAGUGCAAGAAUCUUAGCAAGUUUGAUCUUAGUAUUAAUAGAUUGAACGGGACACUACCAAGAGAACUCUGUAAGGCUCCAAAAUUACAGUUCCUUCUUGUGAGUCAGAAUUCACUGCGAGGGGAAAUUCCCAGUGAGAUCGGAAACUGCGUAAAGCUACUUGAAUUGCAACUGGGUAACAACUACCUCACCGGAAUUAUCCCUCCUGAGAUGGGUCAGAUUAAGAAUUUGCAGAUAGCUUUGAAUUUGAGCUUCAAUCAUCUUCAUGGAUCUCUACCGUCCGAGUUGGGUAAACUCGAUAAGCUUGUUGCUCUGGAUAUCUCGAGUAAUCAGCUCUCUGGGAGUAUCCCGUCGGCGCUAAAGGGAAUGUUAAGUUUGAUAGAAGUUAAUUUUUCACAUAACUCUCUUACAGGCCAAGUGCCCGUUUUCGCACCUUUUCAGAAGAGUCCAAAUUCAAGUUUUUACGGGAAUAAGGGACUUUGUGGAGAGCCAUUAGGCAUAUCUUGUGGGAAUUCUUUAGAUUCAGACCAAACUUAUCAUCACAGGGUUUCGUACAAGAUUGUAUUAGCAGUAAUUGGAUCUGGUUUAGCAGUUUUUGUUUCUGUUUCGAUUAUCGUAUUUCUUUUUAUGAUGAGGGAGAGACAAGAAAUGGCUGCAAAAUCUGAAGAAAUUGCAGAAGAGAAGAAUCCUGAUCCAGCUCUAAUAAUAGCAGGCAAUGUCUUUGUUGAGAAUCUCAAACAGGCCAUAGAUUUCGACUCUGUUGUUAAAGCAACUCUUAAAGAAUCCAACAAGCUUCACUCUGGAACUUUCAGUUCUACUUAUAAAGCAGUUAUGCCAUCUGGCUUGAUUUUAUCUGUGAAGAGGUUGAAUUCCAUUGACAGAACAGUUAUCCAUCAUCAAAACAAGAUGAUCAGAGAGCUAGAGCGGCUGAGUAAGCUUUGCCAUGAGCAUUUGAUUAGGCCUGUUGGUUUUGUCAUCUACGAAGAAUCGGCUAUUUUGCUGCACAGUUACUUACCAAACGGAACCUUAGCUCAGCACCUUCGUGACUCGAUUGCUGCUGAAAAAGAUUUUGAACCUGACUGGCCAACAAGACUCUCGAUCGCCAUCGGAGUCGCAGAAGGUUUGGCAUUUCUUCAUCAUGUUGCCAUUAUCCAUCUAGAUAUCUCGACAAGUAACGUUAUCUUAGAUUCCAAUUUGAAGCCUCUAAUCGGGGAAAUUGAAAUCUCAAAGCUCUUAGAUCCGUCCAAAGGCACCGCAAGCAUAAGUGCGGUGGCAGGAUCAUUUGGUUAUAUUCCCCCAGAAUAUGCAUAUACAAUGCAAGUUACGGCACCUGGAAAUGUUUACAGUUAUGGUGUGGUGUUGCUUGAGAUUCUCACAACUAGAUCACCAGUUGAUGAAUUGUUUGGUGAAGGAAUAGAUUUAGUGAAAUGGGUUCAUACUGCACCAGAAAGAGGAGACACACCAGAGCAAAUUUUGGAUUCAAGGUUGAGUACGGUUUCAUUUGCUUGGAGGAAACAAAUGCUUGCAGUUCUGAAAGUCGCCUUGCUUUGCACUGAUACAACACCGGCUAAACGGCCUAAAAUGAAGAAAGUGGUGGAACUUCUUCAAGAAGUAAACUGAACCUGAUACGGUAAAAUGUAGUUGCUCUCUACAUUUCCAAAUUUAUUGUUAUAUAUUAUUCAACAGCUUUCAUUUAAGUAGAAGCCUAGAACAUGGAAUCUUGAAGAGGGGUUUUGGGAAGGGUGUGAAGGAGCAAAUGAUGAUGAUGUCUUAUUUGGUUUACUCCUUCAAUUAUCCAACUGUGUACCGUACAGUUUUUUAUGAGAUUGUAAUUUUCACCAAUCGCGUUGGAAAUGAAUUUCGGAGGUGCGUUUUUAACACCCUGAAUUUA